AUGUCUGAGCAUCAGUACAAAUUCAAUGUCUCCAUGAGCUGUGGUGGCUGCUCAGGCGCUGUGGAGCGCGUCUUGAAGAAGUUAGAUGGCGUCAAGUCUUUCGAUGUGAACCUGGACUCUCAGACCGCCCUUGUCACGACAGAACCCACUGUUUCCUACGAGACUGUAUUGGCAACGAUCAAGAAGACAGGCAAGACGGUCAAUUCUGGAGAGGCUGAUGGAAAGCCCAUGGAUGUUUGA